GGUGGCAGUGCCGUGCGCUUUGCAUGCUCCCGAGUUGUUGGAUAUGGGAGCAGGCAGCAGCGGGUGUGAGGACACUCUCACUUCUCUCCUCUGGGUAAUUACUGUACAGGAAAUUGGACGUAAAAUGUUUGAAUAAUCACGUACCCUGAAGUGAGUUAUGGACGGAGCCUACAGUAGUGAAGUAAAUUAAAACAAGUGAAUCCAAUUACUGUUUAUGGAAAGCAGCUGCCCGAGCAGCACAUGUUGUCACGCUCCAUCCAUGAGUGUAUUGUGAUGUCAUAACGGCAUGAUAACUCGCCUCUGUGGAUGUACAGAAAAACAAGGUGGAGGGUGACAGGCUCAGCCUUGAAACGAGAAUGAUAAGUGAGAACCAGUGAACAGCGAGGCGACCCGAGAAGAGAUGCCGUCCACUGGGGAGUGAAGUGUGAGCCAUGAAUGCAGAGAAAUGCUCUGAGGUCUGCAAAGAUGGUCCAGAGGAGGGGCAGCGUCCUGGACACCUGCAGAGGGCCACACAGCCUCAUGGAGACACCAGGCAGCAGAGGACAAACCACGUACUGAAGCAACAGCCACAAUCAACAGAAAGCAAGAACAUCCUACAGUUAAGACUUCAGCAGAGGAGGACACGAGAGCAGCUGGCAGACCAAGGCAUCAUGCCUCACCUGGCCUCAGACGGCUCCUCUCUGGAGGCCCAGAUGAGGCUAAAGCGAGCCCGGCUCGCCGAGGACCUGAAUGAGAAGCUGGCUCUCAGGCCGGGGCCCCUGGAGCUGGUCCAAAAGAAUAUCAUUCCCCUCGACUCUGCCGUCACAAUGACAGUAAACCAUGGCAAGUUCCCAAAGCAAGAGGACUCUUAUGCAUUUGAGGAGGACAGCAGCAGUGAGAGUCUGUCUCCAGAGCAGCACCACAGUGAUGAGUCGCAGGGCUCUGCCUGCCCUUCGUCUGAGGCUGUGGGCAGCACGGCCUCCUCCUCCUCUUCACCUGCCCUCACCAGCCCGCGACAGGGUGGUGCAACAAGAGACCCACCUGAUCAAAGCCAGGAUGAAGGGCUGUCUGGUGCCAACAACAGUCAGGCUACUCCCCCAAUACCAGUCCCUGCUAUUGUCAAGUCCAAGACGUCCGACAAGAACCGACACAAGAAGCCCAAAGAUGUGAAGCCUAAAGUGAAGAAGCUCAAGUACCACCAGUACAUUCCUCCGGACCAGAAGGCGGAGAAGUCCCCUCCGCCCAUGGACUCGGCCUACGCCAGACUCCUCCAGCAGCAGCAGCUCUUCCUGCAGCUUCAGAUCCUCAGCCAGCAGAAACACGCUCACACGCAUCCACAGACGCAGCAGUCGCAGCAGCACGCUCCGCAGACGCAGGCCCAGUCCCAGUCCCAGUCCCAGUCCCAGGCUCAGGCUCAGGCCCAGGCCCAGGCCCAGCAGAGGCAGCCCGCUUUCAGUUACCAGCCUCACCCACAGGCCCACAACCAUAAAGGAACCAGUGAGCAGUUGUCAGCUUGUACUUCCAGUGGCCCGUCCAGCACAGUCAACAGUAACUCGUCCUCUCCCGUCAAGAAUACGUAUCCCAACCAGAGCAACAUCUCACCAGUCAAGCCUGGGCCGCUGCCUGCUAAUCUGGACGACCUAAAAGUGUCAGAGCUCAGGCAGCACCUGCGUAUUCGUGGCAUGCCGGUCUCAGGGACCAAGACCGCCCUCAUCGAGCGUCUCCGGCCCUUCAAAGACUCCAACGCUGGCUCCUCGCCCUCAGGAUCCUCCGACAUAACCACCGUGACCUUCCCGGUCACGCCCACGGGGUCCAUGUCCUCCUACCAGUCUCCGUCGUCCUCCAGCGCCCUGUCACACGGUGGAUACUUCCCGUACCCCAGCACUUCCUCAACGCCACCCAUCUCGCCGGCCUCCUCGGAGCUGUCCCUCAGCGGCUCGCUGCCCGACAGCUUCAGCGACGUGCCCAUGUCCUCGCCAACCCAGUUCAACCUGCAGCCGUCACCGGCCCAGCUCGGCAUGGAGGACGGAGGGGGAGGCGUCGGCGUGGGUGGCGGAGGACAGCGGGCGGGGGAGGGUGGAGCUAUGGAUGGUCUGGAAGCUGAGAAAGACAAGAUGCUGGUGGAAAAGCAGAAGGUGAUCGAGGAGCUGACGUGGAAGCUGCACCAGGAGCAGAGACAGGUUGAAGAGCUGAAGAUGCAGCUCCACAAGAGGAAACGCUGUUAUGGGGCGACACAGGACGCCGCCCCUGCACCAUCUCACCCCUCCAUGCACCACCAGCAGCAGACUCAAGCCUUGAUGGGCCAUAAUUUUUUUGGGGUGACAAUAAAGCAGGAGCCCAUGUCCAUGUCCUCCAGCUGCCCUCUGUCCUCCCCAAAACAGCUCAAGAGCCCUCCUGGCAGCUGCAUGGAGGACAUGGGACACCGCAACAACCCCAUCCCUAACAUGGGAGGCCCCGGUGGGCAGCAGUGUAUGGACACAGGCCCUCCCUCUGGGAGCCCCUCCACCAUGUCUGCCUUCCUCAGCCCUCAGUGUUCACCGCAAGACUCUCCCAUUGGAAAACCUUCGAGCAGCCCUCAGCCUUCAUCUCCUAAUAACCCCUACCUGCUGACUCCUCCGCUGGGAAGAGAUGCAUGCGGUCACCCCAACGCCCAGGGCAACAACAGAGCGCGCAACAUGCAGAUGCAGCAGAAGAGCGGCAGCCAGCCGGUGAACUGUUCUUAUCCCUCUGACCAGAGAAGCCUUCAGGGAGUCUUUCCCAACUCAGCAGAUUGUGGCUUUAACCACAGCGGCUCUGCCAAGGCCCAGAGCCAGAACAUGCAGCCGAAGAUGUCAGUAUUGCCAUCUCCUCGGCAUGUUGGCCAAAAGUGCCAGGUCUCCCCCCCUGCCUUCAGUAGCUCAGAAUCAGACGCAUCUGACUUAAGACAGCCCCCAUGCUAUGAGGAUGCAGUCAAGCAGCAACUGACCCGGAGCCAGCAGAUGGACGAACUUCUGGAUGUUCUCAUAGAGAGUGGAGAGAUGCCAGCUAACGCCAGGGAAGAGAGGGAGAGGUCCUCUGUAACCAAAGUUGUGCCUCACAUUACUGUGUCCCCAGGGUGUCCCGGCCUACUCAUCCCGAGGUUCCACCGACACUACGAACAACUCACCCAGCUCCCUUACGACCACGCGGCCAAUCACAUCACCGAGAGCCACCUGGAGACUCUGCUGGGCAAUCCCAUCGGCCGUGCAGGGGAGGUGGCCCUUCUCAAAAUGGCUGCCGAGGACGGGGUCCAGGAAGACGAAGGGAACCGAGACGGCGAAGGGUACGGCAGCCCCCGCAACCACCACCGCCACCCUCACCAUUCCCAACAGGACAAAAUUCUGACCAACAGAGAUCUGAUGGACACUCCCUUGUCGCCCAUCAGCUCCAAGGCUUCCGCCGUCCCCGAGGUGCAGGGGAUGGUCAGCAUGACCUUCAGCGAGACGCCGUGGGAGACGAUGGAGUGGCUGGACCUGACGCCACCCAGCUCCGCCACUGCCUUCAGCGUUGCCCCGCCCAGCGCGCCCAGCAUUUUUAACACAGAGUUCCUGGACGUAACAGACAUUAACUUGAACUCUGCCAUGGACCUUCACCUGGAGCACUGGUGAGAGCGACACUGCCGCCGAAAAUGCUGGUGGGCAACACGAUAGCCAUCAGUUCAUACACACCAGAUACCAGGAAUCAAGUAGCUUUACGGACUUCUGAUUACCAGCUGUGAUAGUACCAAAGAACCGUCGAAUUCAACCCUCGACGGCUUCAGUCCAAGUGCCUGAGUUUGCUCCUCACAUGAUUCAGUGGAAUGUUCCAUUAAGCAGACCAUCAGCCAGCAUCCAAAGAUUGACGACAAAGUCAAAAGCCGAACCACACAAUUGUACCUUGACUUGUCCACUUCAGUCUCGUCAUACCCACAAACCAAAGACCAGGUGCUUUUAGAAAUAAUCUUUGUCCUUCUUAGACAACGAUGCGCACAAAUAUCAAGUGAGUAUGGCAGUGGAAGCAUGAAGGAAUUCCCAGUCUAUGUAAUGUAAAGACAUGACUACAGUGCUUUAUGCCAACACUUUAUGACGUAUCAGUGUUACACCACCUAGACUUGAAGACACAGUUUGACAAUCGUAAACUUUCUGAGUCUGUUUGUAUUACUGGAAAAAAAAAACAACCCUGAGAGGAAUUACAAGGUGAAUUGGAUCGCUUAGUGACGGCCAUAUUGUAAAUAUCACAACUAUGUACUGACAGAGACAAGUCGACGUCUGCAUAUUUUGUCAGUGGCGUGGGAGAAGACGACACAAACCACAGAGGAAGAGGACUGUGUAAUCAGUUCACGAUUUGAUGUAAAUAUGAUAAAAAAAGAAAACUCACCGUGCACCUCUAGCUUAAAUACACACUUGUCACAGUUUGCUUGAGCUUAGAAUAUGUGCGUAGGAAUUGUCGUCCUUUGGAGGACCUGUUUUUAAUCCAAAUUUAUUCUCACAUUUAUCCACGGGAGGACGUUGUGGAGAGCAUCUUUGAAACUCCUCUGGUCUUAUCAGUUUUCAUGGGCAGACGUAAUGCGCCUCAUUGGCAAGAGGUUUUUAUUCCAAACUUUUUCACAUCAAGUACCCCUUUUACAAUUUUAUAUAAAAUGACUAUUCCCAGGUGUGAAGUUAGAAAAGCUCCAUCGCAAGUCAGUUUUUCUUUAUCGGACAAUGAAAAACACAACUUCAUCUCCAUUUCUUUUUUUUUUUUUGUCAUUACAAAUUUCAAUUAUUCUGUUUACAGGCCAAUCACAGUUAUUUAUUUUGUGCUUUUAUAUUUAUACUUGAUCUUGUAUUUAUACUGACAUUCCUAUCUAACAGAUUGGGGCUCGUUUUUUUUUUUUUUUUUUUUUUUUGAUUUACCCGAAAAACUUUGGAAAACUACCAUUAUUAUCGACCACUGACAUUUCUUCGUGAAUCAGUUCUCUUAAAAGUGUAAUGCUGAGUGAAGGAACCACUUUGAAAAGCCAUGCUUUCUUAAGUCACCUUUCCUUAAAGAAUCAUAUGAUUUGGACAUGUCCAUUGUUAGCACUUGUGAAUAGGUAAAAUGUAAUAUAUUCAGAUCUUUACUGUGAAUUCUGCAUAUUAACUUUCACCACAGCCAGCCUCCUGGACACACAGUAGUUAGACACCUCUUCAGUUUCAGCGUUGGUCAGUAGUUGUAGUUUCACACGCAUAGGAAACGGUGCACAGUAGUUGGACAUUUUGGAAAAUGCAAUGAUCACUUUCUGAGAGUUAGAAUGAAAAAUCUCUCAGCUGAAUAUAAACUAGAGGUUGUUAAUUUAACCAGGGACAGCAAACGGCCCGUGGGCUGUGCACCACUCAUAAAUGCUGCCUUCGAGAGAAACUUGUGGUCGUAACAUGGGAAGUUGCUUCCACAAGUGACCUGGUAACAACAGGUGUUAGCCAUGAAAGCGCCCCCGUUAGGCAGCUGUUGGAGAACAUUAACCAACCAAUUGCCUACAUUUUUAUUUCUGAAAACGUCCCAACUUGGAAACUCAUAACUUACAGAACAUUUCCAGUUACGAGGUUGGGCAUACAGUCAUAAUCAUGGAUCGUCUCAAAGAAUGACUAUCGUGUGCAUUUUGCUACCUGGUGCUGACUCAGUCAUUUAGAAUUUUUUUUAGUAAUAUUAUGAACACAUGGUACUUAUCCCAGUCUUUAAACUAAGCUAAGCUAACCAUGUAUUGGUGUUGGUUUUCUCAUCUAACUCGCAGAAAUAAAGUGAAUAUGACUCUUUUUCCAUCAAAUGUCAAACCGCUGCUUUAAGUGCACUGGCAAAUACAUUUCCUCCAUUUUCAUUUAUAUUCUCUUUGGACACGGGGUCCACUUCGUGUUGCGUCCUGACCAAAUAUUGUUUUUUCCUGUUACCUAUGAAGUGUUGCACUUGUUUGAUGGGUUCUAAGAUUACACGUAGGCCAUUAACGCCCAUCUGGAUUACCAUAUAUGACAAAACUGAUACUUCCAGUCUUCCCUUGUAAGGUUAGCUAAGCCUUCAAUUUUGCAAUAAUUCUCCCUUUUCAAGAAAAAAACAAAAAGAGAAAUCACAUGUGACAGAAGCUUCCAUGUUGCUUGGCCACCGAGUUGCUUUACUAUUGUAUAAAAAAAAAAAAAAAAAAAACA